UUUGACAAGCGUGAACCGGAAGUGUGCACUGACUUUAUUUUCGGUCGGUUUCUCCGAAGAUAUGCAGCACAGAGAGGAGAAGCAGCUGGAGGCGUCAGUGGAGUCUCUGGCUUCACGAGUGGCUCACGUCAAAAACGCUCUGCACAGUUUCAUUUAUAAGUUAGAGAAUGAAUAUGAGCGAUUAGCCUGGCCGUCAGUGCUGGACAACUUCGCUCUUCUCUCCGGUCAACUCAACACCAUCAACAAACUCCUGAAGAACGAGAAGACGCCGUCCUUUCGUAACCAGGUCAUAAUUCCACUGCUCUUGUCUCCGGACAGAGAUGAAGACCUUGCGAAACUCACAGAGCAGCGAGUCCCGGUGUUCAGCCAUGAGAUCGUACCUGAUUACCUGCGAACCAAGCCUGAUCCUGAGGUGGAGGAGCAGGAGAAGCAGCUGAGUACUGAGGCGGCACGCAUCGGCCCUGAAGUGGCACAGAAACAAAUCCAGGCGUUGAAUAAGGUUUGUUCUAAUCUACUGGAGAAGCUGAACAAUCCUCGAGACGACAGAGACACAGAGACUUCAUCGUUGAGACAAAACAAACCCUCGUUUAACCCGGCUGAUACAAACGCUCUGGUCGGAGCCGUGGCGUUUGGAAAAGGUCUUUCCAAGUGCAGACCUCCUGGUCCAGUGGCUCCCACUCAUCCAGGACAGGGGCCCAUGAUGAGCGGAGGGCCCACCUUACAGCAGGUCACUAUAGGAGGAGGUUCAGGUCAGCAGGCAGGGAUGGGAGGACCUGGGGCUCCACAGCAGCAGGGACAGCCCGGAAAAAUGCCGAGCAGCAUCAAGACCAACAUCAAAUCUGCGUCUGGUUCCAUGCAUCCUUAUACCCGGUCUCUGCCGCAGCAGUGAACACGUCUCUCAAUAACUCAAUAAUCUUCUGACUAAAUGAAAUUGUGGGUCAAUGAUCCAUGGACCGCAGCCCAUUGUCUUCCUGUUUUUGGUGUAUUCCAAGUUGUCGGUGUAUAAAGCUAAAGUUUGUGUGACUCACACUCAGUCUGUGACUCUGAGCUGCAGUGUUUGAGCCACUAGGUGGCAGUGUGACAUCAGUGACUGUGUUACAGCUGCCCGUGUUUGCAACUGUACAAAUAAAAAACCCCACUGUUCUAAUAAAAGAUGUAAUAAAAAAGAA